AUGGAACCAGGCAGAAAACCGGGAACUGGGGGGACCGUGUUCUAUGAAUGGUGUGGGUGCUGGGGCCUGUACUGGAAGGUACGUACCGUGUCAACCGGGUCUGACAGCAAGAUCCCCGACAUGUCAGGGACGAUGGAGACCACUGUAAGCCACUGUAUUCCACAUUAUGAGCCCACUGUAAAGACGCUCCAAGCCCCUAAAUCCAGGACAAGCACCCUUGAAAGAACUUGGGUGAGCGCUGUGAGUCGUUGGAUUGGGGCUGUCUGGAGCCCCGGAGACUGGCUGUCAAGUAACGCCGCCCGUUACCAGGAUCGGUGGUCGGGGAGCCGACUAGUGAGGAGAGAGGACGCGUCAGCUCUUUUCUUGGUGGUGCAAGCCAAGGAGUUGGAGCCAAGGGCCAAGGAGGUGGAUAACUCAUUGAGGCAGCGCCGUACAAUACGGAACGAAUCAAGGGCCGACAUUGACGACCGAGCCUCUCAGAAAACAGCACAGAGUACCCACCAUGAACCUAUCCCUGCUUCGCUAUCAGAGGGGUGCGAAAGACGAGACUUACUCAGAAGGGAAGACAGAAAGCGAAACGAACCAGCAGAGAGGUCUGCGGACUGA